AUGGGCGUGGCCAGGCGCGGCGUUGGCGCGCCCUCUUCCCGCGCUCCCUUCGCGGAGCUAACGGAGCCGUUCCGCAUCGAACCCGUUUGUGCCGUUGGGAGCGGCCCUGCACGGGCUGCGUGUGCGGGGCGCUCCCGGUGUUGUGCCCCCGUGGGGAGCCACGGGCGGGCAGCAGGGUCAGGCAGGGUCCUGCCAUGGGGGACGUGCCGGGGGCCGCCAGCGCUGGGGCAGCCCCGUGCGCUCCCCACGGUGAUAACGGGGACGUCUGAAGGCAGCCGGUUCCUGGCACGCGGUGGGCACAGCCCCUGGGCCACAGGCACCGCUGCAAGGGGCCUCUCGGCCCCCCGUGUUUCCUAUGUGCCCUGGCUCACCCCUGUUCCAGCACGUCGGUGCCUUUGCCAUCAGCAGCUCUUCAAGGGGAAGCUGCCUCCGCAGCCUCUCCAUUCAUUUCCCCUGUGGCCGCCGGCGCUGCUCAGCGCUGAUGGAGUCCGCCAGGUGAAGCCCGGCUCAAGCGAGCCCUGGAGCUCGCUCCUGCUCCUUGCACCUCCUGCCCCCGUCGGGUGUUGCUGCUGCUCCCGGCUUGGCCCGGUGGGUCCCCAGCGGCUGCGGAUGGGCUCCGUGCCCCUCUGGGCGUCAUCAGCGCAGGCAGGUGCCGCUGCGGCGUUAUCGGGAGCUCCGCAGGUGGCUGGGGAGCUGCGUGUGGUCGAUGCCGACAGCGGGUCCCUGCUUGCAGGGGGGAAACCGCCUCCUUCCUGCCUGCCACAGCUGCCGGCACCGCCAUGGGCCACCUGCAGGCACCGCGGUGAGGCGGGGGGGGCUGCUGCCACCUCAGGGCCCCCCCACUCCGGCGUGGGGCAGCCGCGGAGCACCGCAGAGCCCCAGGCUGAGCUGAGCACGGUGCAGGGCCCCGAUGAGCUGCGGCUGGUGGGUGGUGGUGGGCGCUGCGCCGGGAGGGUGGAGGUGAAGCAUGAAGGUGAAUGGGGCUCCGUCUGCACCUAUGACUUUGACUGGGACGCCCACUGGGCCACCGUGGUGUGCCGGCAGCUCGGCUGUGGCACGGCGGCCACGUCGUCCCCGUACGCUCCGUUCGGGCAGGGCACCGGCCGCAUCUGGCUCCACGUCUUCUUCUGCCGCGGCGACGAGGCGAUGCUGCAGGAUUGUCCCCAUUUCGGAUGGGGCCAGCACUUCUGCGGCCACGAGCGCGAUGUGGGGGUGACCUGCACAGACGCGUUGGAGCUGAGGCUGGCGGGCGGCAGCGGUCCCUGCGAUGGGAAGGUGGAGCUGAAGCUGCGGGGACGCUGGGGCUCGGUGGCGGACGACACGUGGGACAUGAUGGAUGCGGAGGUGGUUUGCCAGCAGCUGGGCUGCGGCUCGGCCACCAGGGCCUACAUGAAAGGCAGCAAGUACAGCAGCGGUGACCCCCCUGUCAACAUGGUGCUGGUGAACUGCCGCGGGCACGAGAAAGCGCUUUGGGAGUGCGAGGUGAGGGGCUGGGGGCCCUAUGACGGCUUCCACGACUAUGACACUGCCGUCGUCUGCCAAGGCUUCUCCCGGCUGGUUGGUGGCGAUGGCCCCUGCGCGGGGCGGCUGGAGGUGCGGCAGGGCCGAGCGUGGGCCGGGCUCUGUGAGGAUGCUGUGGAGCUGAAGGCUGCCCAGGUCGUGUGCCGGGAGCUGGGCUGCGGCUCGGUGCUGGCUGUGCCCGGGGCCGGCCUGUUCCCGGCGGCAUCGGAGCCGCAAUGGGACGCAGGAUUCGAGUGCAGCGGCAGCGAGCUCCUCCUGAGCGCCUGCAGGCAGCGGGCACGGAGCGCCCAGGCCUGCAGCGGCCACGCCAGCAUCGUCUGCUCGUCCUACAGCGGCUUCCGGCUGGCGAACCACAGCUCGCGCUGCGCCGGGCGGGUGGAGGUGAUGGCAGGGGGGACGUGGGGGUCCCUCUGCGCCAGCGCCUGGGACCUGCCCGAUGCCCAUGUCCUCUGCCACCACCUGGGCUGCGGCCCUGCCAGCGCCGUGCUCCCGGGAGGCUCCUUCGGCAGCGGGAACGGGACCCUGCGCGUGGAUGCCUUUGGCUGCAGCGGCAGCGAGCAGCACCCAGGCCAGUGCCCCGUGGCGGUGCUGGGGGAGCCAAGCUGCCCCCCCGGGCACGCUGCUGCGGUCGAGUGCUCAGGCGCUGCCGAGCCCCUGCGGCUGCUGGAGGGGCAGAGCCGGUGCGAGGGGCGGCUGGAGGUCCCCACGAGCCCGGGCAGCUGGGCCGCUGUGUCCGCGGGGCUCCGGGCCCCCCAGGCGGCCACCGUGGCGUGCCGGGAGCUGGGCUGCGGCGAGCUGGAGCGGGUGUACCCCGUGGCGGGCCCCGGCGGCGUGGGGCUGCAGGAGGUGCAGUGCGCGGGCAGCGAGGACGCCCUGGCGCAGUGCAACGUCUCGGGCAGGGCCAGUGCUGGGAGCGGCGCUGGCGAGGCUCUGGCUCUUGUGUGCUCCGGCAGCCGGCGGCUGAGGCUGGCGGGGGGCCCUGGGCGCUGUGCCGGGCGUGUGGAGCUCUACGUUGAGGGCGCUUGGAGCCCCGUGUGCCAGGACGCGUGGGACAUCCCGGACGCCGCCGUCGUGUGCCGGCAGCUGGGCUGCGGGGCAGCGCUGGACGCGCCCGGCUCCGCUCGCUUCGGCCCCGGGGCGGCCCCGCCGUGGGCGGGUGCCGGUGGCUGCGCCGGCAGCGAGGCGUCCCUUUGGGAUUGCCCGGCCCCAGCGCAGCGCGGCUGCCGGCUCGGCGGCGGGGCCGGCGCCGUGUGCUCAGGGCAGCUCUCCGUGCGGCUGGCGGGCGGCAGCGGCCGCUGCAGCGGGCACUUGGAGCUCCUCUACAACGGGACGUGGGGCCGCGUGUGCGCCGACGGCACCAGCCCGGCCACGGCCGCCGCCGCCUGCAGGCAGCUGGGCUGCGGGGACGGGGGCAGCCUCGGGGCCGGCGCUGCCCCGCUCCCGGCCCCCGCCUGGCUCGCCUGGGUGCGCUGCGAGGACGGGGCCCGCUCGCUGUGGCGCUGCCCCUCGGCUCCCUGGCGCCUGCAGCCGUGCGGGCCCGGCGGGGACGCGCAUGUGGUGUGCGCUGAGGACGGCGCCGAGGGGAUGCUCAGCCCGUCCCCAGGGAGCCCCACGCUCACAGGUGUCCCCAGGGCCAGCACCCCGCGGCCAGCCACGGGGCCGGUGCCGGUGCCCACGGUGCUGUGCGCGGUGCUGGGGGUGCUGCUGUGCCUGGCGCUCGCUGCCCUGGCUCUGCAGAUGUACCGGGCCUGGGCUGGGCCACGAGAGCCUGGCAGAGCCCUGGAUGCUGUCUAUGAGGAGCUGGACUACACCGGGAUGCCGGAGUACCAGAAGGUGCCCAGUCGCCCAGGUUGGUGCACGUGCUCCCCAACAGAGGGCUCAGAGACGAAGCUGCCCUAUUACACUGCAGAGGAUGUGGAGGAGAGUGACCCCGGCGCAGCCCCAGGCUCCCCUGCCCUGCCUGAGGACGGACCCCCCGAUGGCUACGAUGAUGCCGAGGCUGUGCCAGAGGAGUCCCUUGGCACUGGGGACACCCCCGAGGGGGUGGCACAUGCAGGUGGGAGCCGUCCCCCCCCAGGGGGCACAGGGGACCCCCCGGAGCAGCCCCCAGGGGACACAGGCUACGAUGAUGCUGACGUUGGCACCUUGGGGACAUUGCUGUGAGGAUGCUGUGGCCGCAGCACACGAGGCCACGGGGACACAAGUGCGGGUGCUGGGGCUCUGUCCCCAAGGACGGGUGGCCCCGGCCAUGGAGGUCACCUCUCCGUGCCCAGGACCACAGCACAGCAGCUCCGGUGUCCCUCUUGCAGCAGCGCUGCAGGGAUCUGGGUUUAGUUUCACCGUGAAUUCCCAUGGUUUUCCCUAUUAAAACUCCCAAGCUGGCUGGAGACUCA